ACACACACACACAUACACGUACGUACACACACAUACACACAUGUUCACAGACAUGAACUCACACAAACGUAGGCUGAGUCACUCUUUGUAGUUUAUCUUUGCCUCCCCCGUCCCAGGACAGACGAAGCAGGACUCUUUCUCUCUCUCUCUUUCUCUCUCACUCACUCACUCGCCCCGCUCUCUCUCUCUUUCUCAUUCUCCUCCCUCUCUCUGUCCUCAGAUCACAGCCGUGCCUCUCCUCAUUGUGAAAAUCCUGUUGGUGACCAUCAGCAGUCAAGCCUAAUUCUGAUGACAUGCAGCCACAGCGACAGGUGGAGGUGCAUAACCAUCUAAAUGGCUCGCGGAUUGUGUUCUCAGAUGAUGGACAGCCGCGCACUAGACCCCAGCAGCAGCUUCUCACCGCUCCAGAUCUGACCCAGGAAGUGGUGGUGAUCUCGCCUGGCCUGCCCACCCCGCCUCUCAGCCCAUUCCGCAUGGUCCAGCCUCCAUCCUCACAAGAGAAGGUUGCAGAAGUAAAUGGCAGUAACUAUCCACCUCGAAGUUUUGGAUCUUACUACGGCCCUACACAGAUAGGAAUGAUGUCCAAUGGUCAGUCUGGGGGAUCUUCCACCCUUCCAAGGAGGUCAGCAACCAGAGAGGAGCGACUCAUUAAAUUCUCUGGCAUCGGCCCUGUGGACGAGACGGGCAUGCCUAUAGCCUCCAGAUCGAGUGUGAACAAACCCAAAGACUGGUACAGGAGCAUGUUCAGGCAGAUCCAUAAGAGGCCAGAAGAUGAAAUGGAGUAUUGGUCAGCUGAAAGGAGCCAACAGCCCCCCACUGCGACCUCAGAGACGGUGACAGUAGACUGGCCUGCAGAUGGGAAGGACAUCUUUACCCUUGACCCUUAUGGAUCCCUGCCUGACUGGAGUGAUGAGCUGGAGGUUGGAGAGAAGCACCCAAAGCCAAAGAGCAUUUUUGACUUUGAACCUGGACAGAGCAACACUCGCAACACCUCUGGGAACAGCAGCCAGCUCCAGGUACAGAGGACCCCUGAGAAGCCUCGCUCCCCCUCCAUAGAGGCAACGCUGGUGUCGGAACUUAAUCGUUUCGAGGCGGAGUUGGACUCGGACAUCCGUGGGCUGGAGAGGAAGCUUUCCCAGAAGCAGCAUCAGCCGCGGCGGCGAGGCUGGGGUGAGGGCGAGAGGAGCAAUACCUCAGGAAACACACCAGCCCCAGGGAGAGAGCAGGACGACAGCUGGCCAGGUGCAAUACAUUCUGGAACAAAGGUGGUGGCUCCAAUCAACCAUUCCUCUGUCCCGGCCACAGCUCCUCCUCGGGCCACAGUGCCUGGCUCAUUCUAUGCUAGAGGCAGAGUCAGUCCGGCACCAGAAGCCAUGGACUUCCCACCAAAGAGAGAAGAGAAGAAGAUGAAGGCGGGCCGGGCCAAGUUCAACUUCCAAGCGCAGUCACCCAAAGAACUGCCGCUGCAGAAAGGUGAUGUGGUGUACAUCCACAGGCAGGUGGACGCCAACUGGUACGAAGGGGAGCAUCAUGGCAGAGCCGGCAUCUUUCCCACCAGCUACGUGGAGAUUAUCCCUCCCUCUGAGAAGCCUACUCCCAUCAAAUCCCCCACCGUUCAGGUGCUGGAGUAUGGGGAAGCCGUGGCCUUGUACAACUUCACCGCCGACCUGCCUGUCGAGCUGUCUUUCAAGAAGGGGGAGGUCAUCUGUGUGACCAGGCAAGUGGAUGACCAAUGGCUGGAAGGUCGGAUCCCGGGCACCUCCCGAAGUGGCAUCUUCCCCUUGAACUACGUCCAGGUCAACAAAAUGCCCCGCACCAAAACUAGUGAUGAGUUCCCCACCUCGCCUGCGUCACCCACGUUCCCCGAGCCGCGGAGCCCCGGGCGUCCGCUUCACUCCCCGUGCCCGCGGUCACCCCUGUCCCCCUCACCCUUCACCCUCGACUCACAGCUCUCACCCCACAAGCCGUCCUCACCCUCCCCGCAUGGCGCCGCAUCCACCCAAUCACGCUCGCCACUCUCGCCCACUCAGACAGCAAAUGCAAAGCAGGCAGCCAAUCACUGGCCCCAUGCAUCACCCGGGUCCGCCUCACCCACGUUACUGAACUCCCACUGGAGUGGCACGCCGCCUACAGCUCACAGCCCAGUGGAUAGAGAAGUGAGGUCACCACUGUCAACAUCCAAUCACAUGCCAUCAUCUCCUCAGGGUCCAGGACUGAACGUCGGUAACAAGCCUGGAUAUUCAACACAGCCAAAUUCCCAUAAAAUUGCUCCUCCCCCACCACAAGCCAGAACUAAUCCUGGAUCUACAGCAGUUCAGCGGACACCGUAUAAAGCAGUGUACAACUACAGACCGCAGAACAAGGAUGAACUGGAACUGAAGGAGGGAGAUAUUUUGCAGGUGAUGGAGAGGUGUGAUGAUGGCUGGUAUGUAGGUACGUCAGAAAGGACACAAGCCUUUGGGACGUUUCCAGGCAACUAUGUGACACCGGUGUAACCACUGGAAUGUUUGACUGUUAUUGGAGAAGUUUGCUUCUGAGUUGUAUCCACUUUACACAGGCUCGCUUGCCACAAAUGAAUGCAGUGUACUUCCUCCCCACAGACACACACAUGGACAAAAUAAGUUUGAUUUGGCAAACACACACACACACACACACACACACACACACACUUCUACUCUAAUUUCCUGACUCAGCAUUGAUCUGCAUGCACACCUUCAUGUCCAGACCACAGAUGCACGAACAAUGUAACCACAAAAUGUCCAGAGAGCAAUUCCAUCACUGUUGUCACUUUUCUCAGCAUGUGUGUGGGACUCACAACACUCCUCAGAAAUGGACACUGCAACAUGGGGUUGGGCACUUGGACUUGAUGCAGGUUAAACUACAUAGGUUUCACUAUAUACAUAGGACAAUUGAACUCCAAGCUAGUUGUUUACACAUAAAUAAUUGGUUGUUCCUGCAAAGCCCAUCACCCAGGUCUGCAUGGUCUGAACCGUCACCAGUGUCAGUGACAUCAUCACACGGCGCCUUCUUCAGCACAGACCUGCACAUGAUGUUCUUUAGGUCUAAAGCAGCCCUGUCAAAAGAUGUCUUGCACUUUGAUUUCAGAUUUGUAACAGCAUCGUGGAUGACCAGAAGAUGGUGACAAGAAAGCGACACUAAAUAUGCCUGGACCGCUUUAUGGCUUUUGCGUUAUCAACAGAUUCUAAUGCCUUACGAUCGGAUUCCACAAGUAUUCUGUGUUGUAUUCCUCUUUUUGUGUUGUAUGAACAGGCUUCUUCAUAUCCCAGUAACUCACCAUGCAGCAUUUGACAGAGCUUGAAAGUUAACAAUAUACAACAUAUAGAAAAGCUUUUUUCUAAACGUAUUUUUUUUUUUUAUCAAUAUUGCGAAUAUGGCCAAAAAAUCAUGAGCAUGAUCUCCGAUAUGUGUCCUAUUUUUGUUUUGUGGAGGACUGAAGUGGAAACAUGAAUAACUACAACAGCAACAACAACGACAGCUUUAUCAAUUCAGCAAAAUGUUUUCAGUGUUGAACGUGUGGAGGUGUCUGAAGAUUCUUUACACCUCUGUGCCAAUUCACCACACCUUAAAAGCCCUUAUAUCCUCUAAAAAGCUUACAGCUUUGUAAAAGCUUUGUAAAAGUUUACAGAGUGCUUUAUGUAGUGUAACUAACAAAUGCAAAAAUUAUCACAAAAUAUGUCCUCAUGUGGACACGACUCACUCCAUAUUUGUUCAUAGAAUGUUUCUCUGUGCCUGUAUUGAGUGGAUGCUGAUUGCUUAAACCCAGUACUUUGUUGCAAUUGUGAGCUGAGCAACCAUUUAAAUUUAAACCAUCUGUAACCAAGCACAAUAGCCAACUUUGGAACCAACUAAUGGAAACAGUUUUUUCACCAUCUGAGGCUUGUUGCUUGUUGAUUUAAACAUAGGCCUAUUACCCAUCAUUGUGGCUCAUGAUAUUAUGAUGUGUCUUGUACAAAAGACAAACUAGGUAACCUAACACCAGAGAUUUGAGAACCACAAAGAUCAAAUAUGAAAAAAUUUAGCCAAAAUUAAUUUUACAAAUUCGCUUAUGUCUAAAAUUGUAUAAAAGGCUUCAAUUAAAUAUAUCUGCUAAAAUGAAAAAAGCAAUCAAUGCUGCAGUGAUUUGAUAUACAAGUUGGUAUUAAUGGACCAUGUCAUGGUCAAAAGCAUUUGUUUGGAAAACACAUGUUGAAACUGUCUCAGUGGCAUGCAAUAAACUAGCCACCGUCAAAGAUUGUAUCACUCAGUGCAUAUUUAGACUGUGCCUUAAGGAGAUGUCCAGCCCUGAAGUGCUGCCCUUCCUAUUAGGUAUAAUGACUAGCCACCUUUGACACAUUUAACUUCUAUGAUUACAGUCAUUACAACUUUUACUUAAGAAAAUAAUUUUAAAUUCCUUUCCUAGAAGUACAAGUAUAGAAUAAUAUGAUUGAUUUUUAUACAAUGGUUGCACAGGUUCAUAUUUUAUUAAGUGAAAAGCCUGGUUUGUAAAUAAAAGCUGUCGUGUCUGUUGUACUGGUUUGCUUCACCUUUGCUCUUGUAAUCUGACCAGUAAGACAAUGUACAGAUUUUUAACUGUAAUAAAAUUGCAAAAUAAUAUAUUUUCUUGACAGCACAAUGCAUUUCAAUGUAAGGUACUCACAUGUUUGCAAAUUAUUCAAAUAAACAAAUGAAACAAAAA